AAGAAAUCCUUUCUCUGCGAAGGGAUUCCUCUAGCACCAGUCCAAGAGUGCAAUUAGGUAGCUCCAUCGGCAGCUCCGCAGCAGGAGGCUUCCCUGCUCGCCAUGCUACUACUUCAGUGAGACUUGCCUGCAGGAGAUGCUUCUCCGCUCCACCAUGCUCGCAACCUAGCUCAUCCCCCAGCAUCAUGAGCCGGCAGCAGAGGGAUCAUUUGAAAGUAGCAGAGCAACUUGCAUAGGGUGCCAUGGAAGCAGCAGCAGAAGAGGAGAGGCCACUCAUUCAUCACCUGCCUCCUCAGGAUGAAGGCUCGCCAUAUACUAGCGAUGGAACAGUUGAUAUCAACAAACAACCUGCUCUGAAGCGGAGCACAGGGAAUUGGAGAGCUUGCUUCUUGAUUUUGGGUGCCGAAUUCACUGAAUGCGUGGCCUUCUUCGCAAUCUCGAAGAACCUCGUCAGCUACCUCACCGGUUUGCUCCACGAAAGCAAUGCUGAUGCUGCGAGGAGCGUGUCUGCUUGGAUCGGCAGUUGCUUCUUCACGCCGCUUAUCGGAGCCUUUUUGGCCGACACAUACUGGGGAAGAUACUGGACAAUAGUAAUCUUCCUCUCGGUCUACGCUGUUGGGAUGCUCACUCUGUCAGUUUCGGCAUUUCUGCCACUGCUCAUGGUCUCGUCCUACAAUAGCGGCGUUCAUCGUGUCGUGGUAUACUUGGGGCUCUACCUUGUCGCCCUUGGCAAUGGUGGCAUCAAGCCCUGCACCUCGGCCUUUGGUGCUGACCAGUUUGACGGCGCCGAUCCGGUGGAGCGCGUGGCAAAGGGCUCAUUCUUCAACUGGUACUACUUCUCCAUGAACAUUGGCUCCCUGCUGUCAGGCACCGUGCUCGUCUGGGUGCAGGAGAACGUUGGUUGGGGGGUCGGGUUCGCGAUCCCGACGGUGCUCAUGGUGUCUGGCCUCGCCGUCUUCGUCGCCGGUAGGAAGGUGUACAGAUACAAGAAGCUGGGAGGGAGUCCUCUGACAAGGGUCUCCCAGGUGGUUGUUGCAGCUGUGAGGAAUUACCAUUUGGUGCUGCCUCAGGAUAGUUCAGGGCUGCAUGAGGUGCCUUCACAAACUGAAGCAAACGGCAAGAUUGACCAUACCAGCCAAUUCAGGUUCUUUGACAAGGCUGCCAUUGUAGCGCCACCGUCUGUCGAGAAAGGCACAGCAGCGCCGACGAGCCCCUGGAGGCUCUGCACGGUGUCCCAGGUGGAGGAGCUGAAGAUGCUGCUCCGGAUGUUCCCCGUCUGGGCGUCGAUGGUGCUCUUCUUCGCGGUCACCGCACAGAUGUCGUCGACGUUCAUCGAGCAGGGCGCUGCCAUGGACAACCGCAUCGGCCCGUUCACCUUGCCGCCGGCCUCCCUCGCGACCUUCGACGUCAUCAGCGUCAUGAUCUGCAUCCCCGUUUAUGACGCCGUGCUGGUGCCGUUGGCCCGGCGCGCCACCGGAAAGGACCGCGGCCUGUCGCAGCUGCAGCGGCUCGGCGUCGGCCUCGCGCUGUCCGUGGUCGGCAUGGUGUACGCGGCGCUGGUCGAGGCGAGGCGUCUGGCGCUCGCGCGGGCGGCCGCGCCGAUGGCGAUGAGCAUCAUGUGGCAGGCGCCGGCGUUCGCCGUGCUCGGCGCGGGGGAGGUGUUCACCGCCAUCGGCAUCCUCGAGUUCUUCUACGACCAGUCGCCGGACGGCAUGAAGAGCCUGGGCACCGCGCUCGCGCAGCUCGCAAUCGCGGCGGGGAACUACGUCAACUCGGCCGUGCUCAGCGCCGUCGCGGCAGCCACGGCGCGCGGCGGGAAGCCCGGGUGGAUCCCGGACGACCUGAACGAGGGACACCUGGACUACUUCUUCUGGAUGAUGGCAGCUCUGGGCGUGGUGAACCUGCUGCACUUCUUGCACUGCGCCAUCACAUACAGUGGCAACUACAGCAACACAGCUUCCUGACAUUCAUGGCCAUGUCAUCUCCGUUUUCAGUUUAUAAAAUCAGGACGUCUUGGGUCAGGGUUAUAUAGUACUCUAACGCCAGCCAUUGUAGACACUAACCUGUGUUUCUUCCGUGUAUAAUUAAAUAAAUAUCAACACAUAUGAGCCAUUGUCGACACAAACAA